GCGUUCAUUGAGCGCAUGCGUGUUGCAUCCACUAUCCAGCUCAAAAUAAGAGUUAAAACAGAAACGAGUGCAGGAGGAGGAGAGCAGGGAGAGAUGACUGACACCCCGCCCAGCGAUGGCCCCUCCCAGGGGGCGGAGUUUGACAUGAUGGGCGCUCUGGACUGGCAGGACGGCAUCGCCACACUGCCCGGAAGCGACAUCAAGUUCCGUAUGACAGAGUUUGGAACUUUGGAGAUCGUGACAGAGCCAGAGGUCAAAGAGGCAGGGCUAGCCCCCCAGAACCCCGCCCAGUCGCAAAGGCCCACCCCUCCACCAGAGGCCCAAUCAGAGAGCAGCGCAGCCUCCUCUGCAGCCAAGGAAGUCCAGCCACCUGCACCUAAGGCUCAAGGCCCUGUGCUUCUGUCUCUAGAGGAGGGUCCCACUGUGGAGGAGCCCAGUGUGGAGGUGGGCCCCAGUGUCGAGGUAGGUCCCAGUGCGGAGGUGGGCUCCAGUGCAGAGGUGAUCCCCAGGGUUGCGAUGGCUAGCUGUAGGUCGUGUGGGGGUUCCGGACCACUGGAGAGUUUCCUCCAGGGCAAAUACUGCAGCUCCAUCUGUGUCCAGACCUCCAGUGGCAGGUCAUCUCCCGGGGAGCAGAGGGAGAGAGAGGGGGUGGAGGGGGGACUGGGGAAAAGAGUGAGGAAAAAGAGGAAGAUCUACAUGGACUCUGGUGAUGAAGAGGAAGACAACCAGGAGGAGGAAGAGGACAAGGUCAAGGUUGUCAAAGGGAGGAGAGCUGCUAAGCUGGCCAAGCUAGUGACAGCCCCACCCAAUAAGAAGCGACCCUGGAGCUGGCCCUCCUACCUGGAGGAGGAGAAGGCUAUAGCUGCCCCCCUUAAACUGUUCAAGGAGCACCAGUCGUUCCCUCAGAGCAGGAAUGCCUUCAAAGUGGGGAUGAAGUUAGAAGGACUGGACCCCUGUCACCCCUCUCUGUUCUGUGUGCUCAGUGUUGCUGAGGUCCAGGGUUAUAGGAUAAGACUUCAUUUCGACGGCUAUCCAGAAUGCUAUGACUUCUGGGUAAAUGCUGACACCUGGGAUGUGAAGCCCGCGGGCUGGUGUGAGAAGAUGGGCCACAAGCUGCUGCUGCCCAAAGGUUGUAAGGAUGGGGAGUUCAACUGGAACAUGUAUGUGAAGAACUGCAGAGGUCAGCUGGCCCCCAAACACCUCUUCAAGAGCCUCAACACGUCGGUGACUCCGUCAGGGUUCCGUGCGGGUAUGAAGCUGGAGGCGGUGGAUAAGAAGAACCCGUAUCUGAUCUGCGUAGCGUCCAUCGCGGCUGCUGUUGACAACAGACUCCUCAUACACUUUGACAACUGGGACGACACCUAUGACUACUGGUGUGAUGCCAGCAGUCCCUACAUCCACCCUGUAGGCUACUGUGAGGAGGCUGAGCUAACCCUCACCACCCCUGCUGAGUAUAAGCACCCAAAGAGUUUUUCCUGGGAUAAAUACAUGGAGGAGACUGGGACACAGGCAGUCCCUGCACGUGCCUUCAAACUGCGUCCCUGCCAUGGGUUCCAGGCUGGAAUGAAGCUGGAAGCCGUCGAUAAGAGGAACCCCAUGCUCAUCCGUGUAACAACCAUCGCCGAGGUGGAGGACCACCGAUUGAGGAUCCAUUUUGAUGGCUGGAGUGAGGAGUAUGACUACUGGGUGGACGCUGACUGCCCAGACCUGCACCCUGUGGGCUGGUGUCAGAAGACUAGUCAUCCCCUACAACACCCCCCCAAUGGCUCUACUGAUAUGCUGGUCCUCCCAGGGCAGGGCUGUCCUACCCCAGGAUGCAAUGGGGUUGGCCACAUCCGAGGACCCCGUUACGGAACCCACUACACAGGGGUGAGCUGUCCGUACUCUGAGAUGAACCUGAACAGGGAGGGCCAGGUACCAGACCGUCUGAGUGGAGAACGACCUAUGACCCUGAGUGGGCCUCAUCACCGUGGGCGACGGCCAGACCCUCCUUCACACACCCAGACAAACACCCCCACCACGCCAGAGCAGCCCGAGCCUGCAGACCACUCCCCUCAUACCAGUGUUACUAGGGGGGCAACGGUUGUCGAGGGCGAACGAUCCGGGUGCAGCAGUCAGAGUGAGCCACCAGGGGGCUCAACCGAGCCCAGCCACGACGGAGCCAAGGCCAAGAGCAGGUCUGCUCCAGUCCCAAAGUAUCUGAAGCUGCACUUCGUCAAGCAGGAGAGUGGAGAUGGGAAAGACCCCCUGUCUCUCCAGCAGGCACUCCAUGAGUCAGUGUUCUCCCCAGGUGGCUCCUCCUCUCCCCCUCACAGGGUGGCUCUGUGCUGGGACAAACACUGCCAGCUGCUCCCUGAGGUCCUGGGCCUCACUGCUAAGAGAGUUUCAACCUGGACCGCUGACGAGGUGGCCAGUUUUGUCAAAGGGCUCCCGGGCUGCAAAGAGCACGCUGCCACCUUCAGGACAGAGCAAAUAGACGGAGAGGCCUUCCUGCUUCUCACCCAAGCAGACAUAGUCAAGAUCCUGUCAAUCAAACUAGGCCCCGCCCUCAAGAUAUACAACGCCAUACUCAUGCUGAAGAAUGCUGAUGAGGAGUGAGACGCACCCUCACGCUUCACUUCCUCCCAUACCCGACCGCUGUAUCUCAAUAGUCUAGAGAAGUUUCAUCUCCUUUCCUUGCCUCCUCACCUUAUCCCCUUUGAUCUUCAUCUGCACUGAUCAGAGCCGUAGGAUAGGUCAGAGCAACGUGAUGGAUGCCCACCAGGAAUCUGCUUUCACCUAUCCAGUUCUUGCACGUCAGUGUAGAGGAAUAGAGAGGAUACAGAGAGGAUGUACCUGUGGUGUCUGUGGGAAGAUCUUAUUUGCAUACUCCUCG